AAUGUCAAUCUCACAAUCGUCAAAACUUCGAAAGUUAGGUUAUUAUAAAACCUGCUUCUAAAAGUAUUAUUUUUACUGAAAAAGCAUUUAAAAUAAAACAAUAUUAAAAGUGAACAUCAUGGCAAAUUCAGGAAAAGGCACUUUUCAACCGGACUCCGAUGUUCAUAUUUCUUAUGAGGAUCAGCAAAAGAUAAAUAAGUUUGCCCGUCUUAAUGCCAAAGUCGAUGAUAUAAAAGAUGAGCUAAAAGUUAAACAAAAUGACAUGAAAAAUCUAGAGGAAGCCGUUGAAGAAUUAAGUCUUGUUGAUGACUCUGAAAAAAUUCCUUACCUUGUUGGAGAAGUAUUUAUAUGUCAAAGCUUAGAAAAUACAUUGAAAUCUUUAGAUGAAAAUAAAAGGAGGAAGCAAAAUGAAAUCAAUGAGUUGGAAGCUAAAUGUGAGGAACUAAAGUCACUGAUGAGUGAACUGAAAGCUCAUUUGUAUGGCAAGUUUGGGAGUCAUAUUAAUUUGGAAAAUGAAGAAGACUAGUGUAGGCUUUUUAAAUUUAAAACAUAAACCUAACAUUAUUUAAUAAAGAUUAAUUGGUAAA